CUUUUUCGAUUUCUUCACUCAGCUCAACUCAAAACAUCGUUUCUGGCUUUCUCUCUUUCAUACAGUUCCAAAAUGCAGCGCCAGAGAUCGAUUUUGUCUUUCUUCCAGAAACCGUCGCCGGCGACGGCGAGUACUCAGGGUUUGGUUUCGGGAGAUGCUACUAGCGGCGGUGGCGGCGGCGGAGGAGGAGGAGGGUUACGAUCUACUGUGAAGGGAGGGGAUGGUAACGGCGACGCUUCGGUACGCCCUGCUGUAUCGAAAUCUGUUGAUGAGGUUAGAGGAACGGAUACUCCGCCGGAGAAGGUUCCGCGUCGUGUCUUGCCGUCCGGAUUUAAGACGACGGCUGAAUCCGCCGGAGGUGGUGCUUCGUCGUCGCUGUUCUCUAAUAUUAUGCAUAAGUUUGUGAAGGUCGAUGAUCGAGAUUGUCCUGGACAGAGGAGCCGAGAACAUGUUGUUCCGCUUGAUGAUUCGUCCGUAUGUGUGAAGGAUGAUAAUGUUUUUCCUGAAUUUCGUUCCAAUAAAUGUCAGUCUCAAGAAAGAGGACAUGCUUUUAGCUUCAGUGGGAGAGCUAAUAUAAGGCUAGUAGAAGAUAUCGAAGUAGAUGAUGAUGUUCCUGGUCCAGAUACACCAGGGAUGCGUCCAAGUGUUCCUCGUUUUAAGCGAGUUUUGGAGGACGGAAUGAAUUCUAAGGAGAAUAAGGUCCCUGUAUUGGAUUCUAACAAAAGGCUGAAAAUGCUUCAAGAUCCAGUUUGUGGAGAGAAGAAAGAAGUAAACGAAGGAACCAAAUUUGAAUGGCUUGACCCUUCUCGAAUCAGGGACGCCAAUAGAAGACGGCCUGAUGAUCCCCUUUAUGAUAGGAAGACCUUAUACAUACCACCUGAUGUUUUCAAGAAAAUGUCUGCAUCGCAAAAGCAAUAUUGGAGUGUCAAGAGUCAGUAUAUGGAUAUUGUCCUGUUCUUUAAAGUGGGAAAAUUUUAUGAGCUGUAUGAGCUAGAUGCAGAAUUAGGACACAAGGAGCUUGACUGGAAGAUGACCAUGAGCGGUGUGGGAAAAUGCAGACAGGUUGGCAUCUCUGAAAGUGGGAUAGAUGAGGCAGUGCAAAAGCUGUUAGCUCGUGGAUAUAAAGUUGGACGAAUUGAGCAGCUAGAAACAUCUGACCAAGCAAAAGCCAGAGGUGCUAAUAGUAUAAUUCCAAGGAAGCUUGUUCAGGUGUUAACUCCAUCAACAGCAAGUGAGGGUAACAUCGGGCCUGAUGCCGUCCAUCUUCUUGCUAUAAAAGAGAUCAAAAUGGAGCUAGAAAAGUGUUCAACUGUGUAUGGAUUUGCUUUUGUUGACUGUGCUGCCUUGAGGUUUUGGGUUGGGUCCAUCAGCGAUGAUGCAUCUUGCGCUGCUCUUGGAGCUUUAUUGAUGCAGGUUUCUCCAAAGGAAGUUUUAUAUGACAGUAAAGGGCUAUCAAGAGAAGCCCAAAAGGCUCUAAGGAAAUUUACAUUGACAGGGUCUACGGCGGUACAGUUGGCUCCAGUACCACAAGUGAUGGGAGAUACGGAUGCUGCUGGAGUUAGAAAUAUAAUAGAAUCUAAUGGAUACUUUAAAGCUUCUUCUCAAUCAUGGAACUGUGCUGUUGAUGGUCUAAAUGAAUGUGAUGUUGCCCUUAGUGCCCUUGGAGAGCUAAUUAAUCAUCUGUCUAGGCUAAAGCUAGAAGAUGUACUUAAGCAUGGGGAUAUUUUUCCAUACCAAGUUUAUAGGGGUUGUCUCAGAAUUGAUGGCCAGACGAUGGUAAAUCUUGAGAUAUUUAACAAUACCUGUGAUGGUGGUCCUUCAGGGACCUUGUACAAAUAUCUUGAUAACUGUAUUAGUCCAACUGGUAAGCGGCUCUUAAGGAAUUGGAUCUGCCAUCCACUUAAAGAUGUAGUAACCAUCAAUAAACGGCUUGAUAUAGUUGAAGAGUUCAAGGCAAACUCAGAAAUUAUGCAAAUCACUGGCCAGUAUCUCCAUAAACUUCCAGACUUAGAAAGAUUGCUCGGGCGCAUUAAGUCUAGCGUUCAGUCAUCAGCCUCUGUUUUGCCUGCUCUUCUGGGGAAAAAAGUGCUGAAACAACGAGUUAAAGCAUUUGGGCAAAUUGUGAAAGGGUUCAGAAGUGGAAUUGAUUUGUUGUUGGCUCUACAGAAGGAAUCAAAUAUGAUGAGUUUGCUUUGUAAACUCUGUAAACUUCCUAUAUUAGUUGGGAAAAGUGGGUUAGAGCUAUUCCUUUCUCAAUUCGAAGCAGCCAUAGAUAGCGACUUUCCAAAUUAUCAGAACCAAGAUAUGACAGAGGAGAAUGCUGAAACUCUCACAAUACUUAUUGAAUUAUUUAUCGAAAGAUCCACUCACUGGUCUGAGGUCAUUCACACCAUAAGCUGCCUUGAUGUCCUGAGAUCUUUUGCAAACGUUGCAAGUCUCUCUGCUGGAAGCAUGGCCCGACCUGUUAUCAUUCCCGAAUCAAAUAGUUCAAAUCAGAAUCAGGAAAUAAAAGGGCCAAUACUUAAAAUCCAGGGACUAUGGCAUCCAUUUGCAGUUGCAGCUGAUGGUCAAUUGCCUGUUCCAAAUGAUAUACUCCUUGGUGAGGCUAGCAGCAGCAGCAACAGCAUUCAUCCUCGGUCAUUGUUACUGACAGGACCCAACAUGGGUGGAAAAUCAACUCUUCUGCGUGCAACAUGUCUUGCUGUUAUCUUUGCCCAGCUUGGUUGUUAUGUUCCUUGUGAGACAUGUGAACUCUCCCUUGUGGAUACUAUCUUCACAAGGCUUGGCGCAUCUGAUAGAAUCAUGACUGGAGAGAGUACCUUCUUAGUAGAAUGCACUGAGACGGCGUCAGUUCUUCAGAAUGCAACUCAGGAUUCACUAGUAAUCCUUGACGAACUGGGCAGAGGAACUAGUACUUUCGAUGGCUACGCCAUUGCAUAUUCAGUUUUUCGUCACCUGGUAGAGAAAGUCCAGUGCCGGAUGCUCUUCGCAACGCAUUACCACCCUCUCACAAAGGAAUUCUCGUCUCACCCACGCGUCAUCUCAAAACACAUGGCUUGCGCAUUCAAAUCAAGAACAGAUCAAGAACCCCGUGGUUGUGAUAAAGACCUGGUGUUCUUGUACCGUUUAACCGAGGGAGCUUGUCCCGAGAGCUACGGACUUCAAGUAGCCCUCAUGGCUGGAAUACCAAACCAAGUCGUUGAGACAGCAACAGACGCUGCUCAAGCCAUGAAGAGAUCAAUUGGAGAAAGCUUCAAGUCAAGUGAGCUAAGGUCUGAGUUCUCAAGUCUGCAUGAAGAAUGGCUCAAGUCAUUGGUGUGUAUCUCUCGAACUACCAAUACAAUUGUCGAAGAUGAAGAAGAUGAAGAAGAUGACUACGACACGUUGUUUUGCUUAUGGCAUGAGCUCAAAUCAUCUUACUCUGUUCCCCAACUAAAGUCGAUGACGUAACACUAUCUGAAUCUAGUCAAGUUUUUGUUGCGUCUCUGAUGCUUAUAUAUCAAAUUAAUUUUCCACAUUUCAGACAAAAGUACAUAUGAAUCUGUCGGUUUAGCUCUGAUUAAACCGGACAAUCAAUCCUAACCGAACAGCUACAACAAGAGUAAUAA